ACAUUUGCCAAGAACAACUCCACACGUGGAAAUGGAAUCGAACACAAUCUUUCUAGACCUCAAUCUAAUCAAGAAAAAAAAUUGAAUUUUGCCAUGAAUUGAUGAUUUUUUGUCAUGAAUUGUCAUUCUUGAAAAUUUAGUUGGCACAUGAUAUUCAAAUUAGAUGUGAUGAUGAUCUCAAUGGAACACUCAGUGAACAUACACAUUAGAGAGAGCAUUCUUCUUCACAUGCUUCAUUGAUUCUUGAGAGAGAGGUAUCACUCUUCUUCAAAUGCUUAAUUAAAUCCUUGGUUCUUGAGAGAAAGAGGUUGUUCUAGCAUUCUUCUUCAUCAAAUCCUUGGUUCUUGAGAGAAAGAGGUGAUGGCUCAUUUGCAUCAUAAUCUCUCUAUUGUGGCUAAAGGGUCAGGACAAGAACUCUUUUGGAGAUGUCGAGGAAUGGUGUUGUGCAACAUAGGUUUGGGUUUAACCAAUCAAAGAAGAAGGAGAUCAAUCAAGAAUAGAGGGCUCAUUCAUUGUUGCAAUUCUUCAACAUCAACACCAACACCAACACCAACAUUAUCAGAAGUGACCUUGUCUUAUGACAAAGUGAAUUCGGCCUAUGAGAAGCUAGACUCAACGAUAAACGAGGGCGAUUUCGUUCGACAAGGAAAUUGGCAAGUAAGAAGAAUGCUCGAGACAGAGGAAGAAAUGAGACAAGUAGCAUAUGUUCAAGCUGAGGCAUUCCAUGAGCCAGCCUUUUUCUUUGAUGAUAUAUUCUUCGAUUUCUUUAAGGCGGAAGUGCUCGCAGGGCUGAUGUACCGGCUGCGAAACUCACCCCCGGAUAGGUAUGCAUGUUUAGUAGCAGAGACGAGGGAUGAUGAACUCCAAGAUUCUAAGAAGGAGCUUGCAGGAGUAGUGGAUGUAACAGUUCUAAGGGAAGAUUCUGUACUCGAGCAUCUCCUAGGGGCAAAAGAGUACAUUUACGUGUCGGGGAUCGCCGUUCUAAACAGAUUCAGGAGGCAGAAGGUGGCCACGACAUUGUUAGAAGCAUGCGACGCAAUCUCAGCUGGUUGGGGCUUUGACUAUCUCGUCCUCCGAGCCUACGAGGACGAUCAUGGGGCGAGGAAGUUGUACUCAAACGCGGGCUACAAAGUCGUCUCAGAAGACCCUCCGUGGACGACAAGCUGGGUCGGGAGGAGGAGACGCGUGGUCAUGGUUAAAUAUAUAGGGGAUUUGGUGUAACAUUUUGCUAAAGAAUUGCAUAUGAAAUGCUAAUUUUGUUACGAAUCAAGGUUGUUUUUUUUUAUUGACAGACUCAAAACAACUCUUCUAUGAUAUACAGAGCAAAAAAACAUAUUACAAUC